AUGCUAUAUGAUAAAAUGCUAUAAUCAACUCAAAUUAUUUUUUCGCAAUUUAAUAAUUGCUAAUAGAAAUAGUUGUAUUUAGCUCUAAUCUUUUCAAUUUUAUUGGGAGUCUUAAUUCUGUUUCUCUACUAUUAUUCAAAAAAAAAGAGGAUUUAUAGAAAAAAAUUAAUCUUGAUCGGACAACCAGGAGGUGGAAAAACAAUACUUUUUAAUAUUGCAACAGAAAAGAAAAUUAAGAGAUAAUAAUGUAAGUCAGAUGUAGAUUAGAUUUAUGAAUUUCCUAUAAAUGAUAAUUAUGAUUUAGUGGAUACGCCUUCCAUAGAAUUUGAUGAUUCAUUAGACAAAAGAGAAGCUAUUAUAAAAUAAUUCAAUAAAUAUUUCAAAUUACAUUCCUAUCAUAUAGAAAGAUUUUACUUAAUUGUUAAUUUUGAAAGAACAGACAUAAUGAAAUCAAGCUGUUUGAAAACUUAUAAAUACUUUAAAAAGUUUGAUAGUAUUAUUGAUAUAGUUAUUACCAACUUUUAAUUAAGUGAGGAUGAAAUUGCAGACAAAGAGCAUUUAUUGUAGGCAUUUUACAUCUACACUUAGGAUAAACAGAAAAUUCAUUUUGUUAGAAAUGAUAUUCAAAGUGAAGAACUCAAGUAGAUGUUCAUUCAAAGCGCAAAUCGAGUUGAUUUAUAAGAUGAUUAUUUGGAGAUGGGUGAAGAAAAAGAAAUUAAGAAUAGCUAAUAAAAAUAACCAAAAUAAAUAUUUAAUGGAAAAUAAUAUUAAUAUAUUGAAGAAGGUAAUGACUCCUGA